UGCCUACUGCAUGGAUGUUUUCAUGCAUUGAGUGCGUAAAGUUAUAACAGCCGGCUUUUGGAACAGAUUAUUUCGGAAACAUAUUAAAGGUCAUUCAUGGAUUUUAAUUUAGGCUCAAGGUAGUUUAUCCACGUACCACGUAAGCCUAUUGGGGAGCACGGAUAAGGAAUCGUCACCAGAACCUUGCUGAAAUAGGCGUGUACGCAUAGACGGUGGAGCACUUGGAAUUCGACAACAGCCAGGUUCUUAUCUGAGCCACAGGAAGAGAGUAACAUUGGACGGGACGUUAUAAUAACACAAAAUUAAAUGUUAAUUAAAAAACAAAUCUUAGCACAGUAGGCCUAUAUAUGGCAAUAGUGUUUGGAGUAUUACGAUGACAAAGUAGACUAGUCACCAAAUGGAUGUUUUGUUGGAUAGUCUACUACUGUAUUUUGGAGAAUGAGGCAAUGCACAUUAUUUAAUUGCUUUACUUCAGAUAGCUCUGUCCUUUUAAAGGUAAUUCAGAGAAGUGCCUGGAUCUGCAGAUUUCAAGUAACUUUUCAAACUAACCGAAAACCUGUGUUGAACGUAACAAAUGUAGAAUUAAUUUAGGUCUCCAGCAGAACAAAGUUUUAGAAAACAUCUUGGCAGCAACAGCCCCGAGACAAGGCGCCGAAAAAGUCCCGAGGCUUCACUUUGCAUGUUUUAAUCCAGACUGCGAGUCUAAUAAAAACCUUGGCAAGCUAGGAUGGAUACCGCCGGCGGGAAUGUGACAGCGUCCCUCGUCUCUGGCAGUGGUAGCUUCGGCAGUAGCUGCACUGGUGGAAACGCGAAUGCGCCUAAACAUUUGUGGAGGCAACAGAACCAAGCAGUGCUCUCUCCGCUCCACCACGCGCUCGGAGUACGGACGAACAACCGGGUGAGAAGAGGAUUUUCGGACACCGAGAAAUACCUCAGCCCUAAGACCAUGGACCGAACUUAUGCAGUGGACACCGGGCACCGACCCUGUUUGAAGAAAUCGCGGAUGUCAUGGCCAUCCUCGUUCCAAGGACUUCGACGAGCUGCUGAGGCAUCACCCAAGUGGGUGCCAUACAUUGUGAAGGCGAAGUCCAGUUGCUUCACGACUCAGGCUGGUUCCCAGAGUAGCUAGCCCUCUACAAGAUCAUCACCAGACUCCAUCAACAUCUCCCUUACCAUCUUCCUCUGAUCAAGCAAUGAACUGUCUCAUCUUUGGAGGACGCAUGCACUCAAAGACUUGGCCUCUAUUGGUUGACCUAGCCAACUAUAGCUAGGCUGCUCAUGCUUUUGAUGCACUUUGAGAUUAUGACAUUUAAAUUAUUAUUAUUAU